AUUUGAUUUUCGAUUGCGAAAUAUUUCACGCUUUUCUCAAAGUGAUAGGCGCAAUAUAAAUAUACUUUUACAUAUUUCAGAUAAUACAUAGGAUUUUGCACCAUACAACUUUUCUUCGCCAUGGAUCGCGGGUUGAACGAACUCCUCAAAUGGGGCGUGGAGAACUCAGCGGCCUCCCGACAGCCAGCUGAUCCCAAUGACCCAUCGACAGUGCCACCGCCAACGACUCGCGGUCUGAAUGAAGAGGCAUUGAAGGCCUUGAUGGGUGGCCCAUCAGACGCCGAUAUGAUGAAGGAGUCUAUGGCCGCGUUGCUCUCAGAUGAAGUCGAUCUAGAGAAUAAGAUGAUUGCCUUUGACAAUUUCGAACAACUCGUCGAGACCAUUGAUAAUGCCAAUAAUAUGGAACCGCUUGGUUUAUGGACACCGCUUGUUGGACUGCUUCAACAUAAAGAACCUGAUAUGAGGCGGAUGGCUGCCUGGUGCUUGGGGACAGCAGUGCAAAACAACGAGAAGGCCCAAGACAAGCUACUUGUGCUCAAUGCCCUCCCUACCCUAGUGUCGCUCGCGACGACAGAUUCAGACGUCAAAGUCCGCCGGAAGGCCAUUUACGCCCUCUCGUCCGGAGUUCGCAAUUACCAACCUAACAUGGAAGAAGUCAUGCUACAUCUUCCCACAGAAUUUAAACCGGCGCAGCACGUCGAUGCUGGAGAUAUGGAUGCUAUCGACUCGAUUAUGAACAAGCUGCGAGAAGCACCCGUCUGAAGUAAUGCACAAGUCUAGGAUGAUGAAAUACUCGAACCGGCGCCAACAGCACAUCGUUAAAUGCAGCGUACUGUUGGAAGAUGACGACCCUAGUCCAAUUGAAGUUAGAUGAUGCAUGCCUUGUGCGCAUCGUCUUCAAGAGUGUCUAGUAUGUCCUCAACUAUGUUGCGCGGCAGCAACCUAUAGCUUCAAGAAGAGCGCAUAGAAAAGCUGCAUUGACUCCAAUAUAUUGGUACAGAUAUAAGACCAAUUUUAUAAUCAAAUAAAAUAUCUGUAUGUCUUAAUAGAUUUUCUGAUGUUUUUAG